AUGGCCGACAAACCGACUGAACCCGCCCCCGAGAACCCUCCCGCUGCUGCUGCCCCUGCUGGCGGCGAAGAGGGCGGCGAAGCUGGUCCCUCCAAGAAGGCUCUCAAGAAGGCCGAAGCCAAGGCUAAGAAGGAGGCCGAAAAGGCCAAGCGCGCUGCUGAGCACGCAGAAAAACAGGCCGCCGCCAAGGCUGCCGCUGGCAACACCGAAGAUCUCGCCAAGGACAACUACGGCCCCGAGACGAAGGCGACAAAGGUCGAUGCCGAGCGCGUACACCUCAAGGACCUGGGCGAGCAACACCUGGGCAAGACCAUCAAGCUGAGGGGAUGGAUCCAGAACUCAAGAAUGCAGGGUGCCAAGAUGUGCUUCGUGGAGAUCCGCGAGGAGAGGAACUGGGCGAUCCAGGGUGUCCUCGCCGCCAGCGCCGAAGGCAAGCCCGUGAGCCGACAGAUGGUCAAGUGGGCCGGCGGUCUCAACCUCGAGGGAUUCGUGCUGCUCGAGGGCCGCGUCGAGAAGCCCCUCGACCCCGUCAAGAGCGUGCGCGUGAGCGGCUACGAGCUGCACAUUACAAAGUGCUACCUCAUCUCCCCCGGCCCCGAGGUUCUGGGCAUGACUUUUGCCGUGGCCAACAAGGCCGUCACCAACUUUGACGACGAGGACGCCGCGCCCGCCGCCACGGGCGUCGAGGAGGUCAAGGACGGCGUGGCGAACCUGAGCGUCGAGGGCGUGGCGGGUGCCAGCAUGAUCACGCACCUGAACAACCCGGCCAUGCACAAGCGUGCUCCUGUGCAGCAGGCCAUUGCUGAUAUCCGCAUGGUGACUCGUAAGCUGUUCGCCGAGUACCUCGAGGCGCGCGGCUUCAACCAGUUUGAGCCCCCGUGCCUCAUUGGCGCUGCAUCCGAGGGUGGCUCCAACGUCUUUGGCAUGACCUACUUUGACAAGCAGGCAUACCUUGCACAGUCACCCCAGUUCUACAAGCAGUACGAGAUUGCUGGCGGAAGGAAGCGCGUGUUCUCCAUCGGACCUGUAUUCCGUGCCGAGAACUCGAACACGCCCAGGCACAUGACCGAGUUUACCGGUCUCGAUCUGGAGAUGGAGAUUGAGGAGUCAUACACCGAAGUCAUCGACAUGCUCGAGGGCGUCCUGCUCUUCAUCCUGCGCAACCUGCGCGAGAAGUGCGCCGACCAAAUCGCCAUUGUCCGCUCCGUGUACCCAUCGGAGGACUUUGCGUUCCCCGAGCCCGGGAAGGAGGUCCGCCUGACCUUCGCCGAGGGCCAGGCACUCCUUCGCGCCGAGGGCCCCGAGGAGUUCCGCAACGUGACCGACCACGAGGACAUGUCGACGGCCCAGGAGAAGGCCCUCGGCGCCCUGGUCCGCAAAAAGUACGGCACCGACUUUUACGUCCUGGACAAGUUCCCCCAGGAGGCACGACCCUUCUACGCCCUCGAGGACCCCGAGAACCCCGAGAUCACCAGGUCCUUUGACUUUAUGAUGCGCAACCAGGAGAUCCUGUCCGGCGGCCAGCGUAUACACGACCCCAAGGUGCUGGAGGCCCGCAUCCGCAGGAAGGGCAUCGACCCCAACUCGCCCGGCAUCAAGGAGUACGUCGACGUCUUUCGUAGCUGUGGCGUUCCUCCUCACGGUGGCGGCGGCAUCGGCUUGGACCGUGUGGUCGCUUGGUUCUUGAACUUGCCCAGUGUGCACCUGGCGAGCUUCUAUCCCCGUACCCCCAAGAGACUGGCGCCAUAG